GACGGCCUGUCGGACCUGCUGGUGGGGGCUCCCAUGCACAGCCAGCUCCGGACGAGGGCCAGGUGUCUGUGUACCUCAGCAAGGGCAAUGGUGUGAUGGAGGAGGCCGGUGUUUUGAGUGGCGACAACGCUUUCAAUGCACACUUUGGAGAAUGCAUCACCGCAAUCGGAGACGUAGAUGACGAUGGAUAUCAGGAUGUAGCAAUCGGAGCCCCUAAAGAGGACGACUACGCAGGAGCUGUUUAUAUCUACCACGGCGAUGAAACGGGAAUCAUCAGCAAAUACUCCAUGAAACUGUCUGGACGCAGCGUUAGCCCUGGUCUGCAGAUGUUUGGCCAGUCGAUCUCAGGCGAUGUGGACAUGGACAGCAACGGAUACACAGAUGUCACCAUUGGAGCGUUCAUGUCAGACAGUGUUGUGCUGCUGAGGACCCGGCCUGUCAUUACGGUGGAUGUCUCCAUCUUCCUGCCGGUCUCCAUCAACAUCACUGUGCCGCAGUGCCACGAGGGCCAGCACCACCAAAACUGCUUCAAUGUCACCGUCUGCAUGCGCUUCAGGGGGAAACAGCUGCCCGGGCAGAUAGAUCUGCUUUAUAACCUGACGGCUGAUGUGGAUAAGCGGCAGAAGAGCCAGCCUUCCCGGGUCUACUUCACCCAGAGCGGCUCUCAGAUCAGCCAGAUGAGCCAGCAGCUCAGCCUGGAGAUCGACAGGGAGGAGUGCCAGCGCUUCACCGCCUACGUGAAGGUAAAGGGAGGGAUUGUGUGAGUGUGUGUGUGUGUGUGUGUUUAUGUUGGGUCUGUCCAUAUGCUGCUCGUGUCCUCAGCUGAUCUUUCCCAUGACCCUGAUCCCUCUCUCGCUCUCUUCCUCUC